AUGGCGGAGGUGGCAAAGAACGUAUGGCACUUCCUCCUUGUCUUGUCUGUGGUGUUGCUGUUGCCGGAGAGGGGGAAGGGGAACGUUGCGGCGGCGAAGGAUAAGCAGAUGAUCUUCGGUCUGUUUGAUGUGCCGAAGGCAGCCCUGAGGAACGUGGCGCUGAAGAAGGUGACCACAAAGUCGGUGACGUUACAGGGCACCGUCGUCGUCAACAACCCCAACUUCUUCAGCAUCCCCAUGGGAGAGGUCCCCUUCGCCUUCAAAAGCUCCGGAAGGGUCAUCGCUUCAGGGGUGGUUCCCGAUCAAGGUUCGCUACCGGCGUGGAAAGAAAAAACGUUUGACGUCCCGGUGGAGAUUCCAUACAGCAUCGUCAAGACCAUGACCCUGGACGUAGCCGGCGAUGGAGAUAUCGACUAUGAGUUGGACGUCACCCUUAAAUUCCGCAUGCCCAUUAUUGGGAAGAUGAUCACAAUUCCGCUCAACAAAUCAGGGGAGAUCAAGAUUUUAUAG